GGAGAGGCGUGUCCACACACUGACUACUUUCGAUCUCUACUGUAGAAAUGAAUGUUAGCCUACUAAUAAAUAUUCGUGACUAGCUUGAUAUCUUCACCGUGAACACUGUCGACUUCACAGAAGAGGACAACUUAAGACAGCUCUCUACAACACGUCAUAGACACUUAUGAGACACCAUGGACCAAGACUCAGAGCGUGCUCGGUUUGUGGACGACCACUUUGAUGAUCUUGUCCAGAGAGUACAGAUGGUGAUGAAGAUAGCGGAUGAGCUGAAGGCCCGUGGCAUGCUGCAAUAUGAGCCGUACUGUAAGAUCAAAGCAGAAAAAACUAACCAGGAGAAAAUGAGAGAGUUAUAUGAAGUGUUGAACUCUGGAGGAGACGAGGUUAAAUCUGCCUUUUAUUCUUGCCUGGAAAAGAAUGAGCCACUUCUGUUAAGAGACUUGGAAUCCACAGGGCAUCACACAUGCUUUAUAAGAGCACAUCCCGCAGAAAUCAGCACAGUGAUUGACAAAUAUAAGAAGCGGAUCUGCAGCGAGUAUCGGUUUGUGACUGAGUAUAACUCACUGCCUGGUGAACGUGUGCUGAUGUCUGAGCGUUUCACACAACCUCUGAUCCUUCAGAAAAAUAGAGAUCGAAUAGAGCGAGAAGAAGAGAUCCGCUCCAGUGGAGAGCACUUCCAGCAGGUCCUCGGCUCCAGGAGCAGUGGAGGCUCUCUCCAUCUCAACUCUCUGUUUGACCCAGAUGACCACGGGAUCAGUCCCAGUUCUGUGAUACUGCAGGGAAACUCUGGAAACGGGAAAUCUUUCACUGUGCAGAAGAUCAUGAUGGACUGGGCAUCUGGUGACCUCUACAAAGAGCGGUUUGAUAUUGUGUUCCACUUAAAGUGUAAAGAAAUAAAUCGCAUUCCUGGCGAGAAGAGUUUGGUGGAGAUCUUGAGCUGCAGUUGUAGUUUAACAUCACCUGAGAUCUCACAGAUUUUACAGCAGUCGCCAGAGAAGGUGCUUGUGGUCAUUGAUGGAUUUGAUGAGCUGAAACUCCCACAGGACAUUAAUAAUGACACGUCAGCACACACUGAUCUGCUUCAGAAAGCCCGACCUGUGGACACUCUUUGUGCCCUGCUGAGGCGUCGAAUCCUGCCAGAGUCUUUCCUGCUGGUCUCCUCCAGAUCUACAGCUACGGACACACUCAGUAAACUGCUCAACGGACCUCAGCGUUUCUCUGAGAUUGUGGGAUUUUCAGAAAAGGGGGUGGAGGAGUACUUCCAGAAGUUUUUUCGAAAUGAGGAACGUUUCAGGAAGGCUUAUACAUAUGUGAAGGGAAAUGAAACCCUCAUCACUGCCUGCUCAAUCCCUGUCGUCUGCUGGAUCAUCUGCACAACUAUCCAGGAGCGAUUCAAAGAUGGAGCAGAUAAGACAAGCGGACUGGAAACCACCACCUCCAUCUACGUGGACUUUGUGUGCACUCUUCUGGAGCAUCACUGCCAGGGUUUGAGUCAGUCCGUCCCGACCCUGCUGAGGAGUCUGGGUCAGCUGGCAGAGAGAGGGAUGCAGGAACGGCAAGUCCUGCUGGAUGAGGAAAGUGUGAAUGAAACCAUUUCAGACCCGGCUGGAAAUCCAUUCUUGUGCAAGUUCCUGUUUAAGAGACGAAUCCACCAGGAGACGAUGUUCAGUUUCAUGCAUCUCAGCUUUCAGGAGUUCUUCACUGCUCUGUACUAUGUCUUUCUGGAUGAAGAAAAACCCCUGGGGAAACGUUUAAUGGAUGAGUUCUCAAAACCACGUUUUUCAGCUGUGGUGCAAUUUGCAUUUGGUUUGUUAAAUAAAGAUGUGAGAUCCACACUUAAAGAACAUGGUCUGUUAAUUCGUCCAAAAACACAAGAUCAUCUGAAAGAAUGGAUUCUGGAAAAUGUUAAAGAUUUUUUCUUGUAUCUGGGAGAAGAAUUUAUUCUUCACUGUCUCUAUGAACUUCAUGAAGAAGACUUUGUGAAAGAAGUAAUGGGAAUCUGGAAAUGGAUUGAUCUAGAUGAAUUCCUCAGUAGAGCAGACUUCUGUGCCCUGCUGUACUGCUGUCAGUGCUGUCAGAGAAUUGAAGACAUCUCUUUGUAUUUAACAUCGGAAGAUCUGUCUAUGAUUUUGCCUGAACUUCACAAGUUUAAAGAAGCAAGCUUGUCUAUAAAAGAUCCAUCAGACUCUGAUCUCACUGAACUGAUCAACACUCUCACGAGAGGACGGAUCCUGAGCUCACAGCGUGUUCGUGAAAGAAAUCUCCAAUCACGUCAAGACAUCUCACUUCUGUCAAUCAACAAAGAGCCGUCCAGUAUCUGGAUAAAGUUUGAUCUGUUUGACCAUCCGGAUAUGCUAUCAUUCAGUCUCACCUUUCCACUCUCAUCAAUCAACAUCGACUGGACCAAACUUUAUCAGAUAAUUCACCAAAGUGAUUUCAAUGCAUUCCUGUCUGCUCUUCAUUCCUUCUCUAACCUGGAGAAGAUGAAAAUGAGGGUGGAUUCUCUAACUAAGGAGUUUUCUGUUCAGAUCCUCCAGAUGAUCCAGAACUGCCCCAGUCUAACCAAACUCAAGGUAAAGGCUCGCUUAUUACAGAAGGAUGCAAUCGAGAUCUUGAAGAGCUCAAACACAAGACCAGGUUGUGUGAUGACAUUUAGCGGUCGGACUAUCCGUGACGGUGACUGCGGCCACAUCGUGGAGAUUCUUCUGAAUGACCAGGGCUUUUCCAUGACGCAAACGCCCUGGGUUGGUAUUAAUGUUACAGAUUUGGAGCGCAGGUUCGAGAAAUUAAAAUCAGCAUUGAGCUGUGGAUGGAAAUAAAGACACCAAACAACUCUAAACUCAUUUACAUGCAUUGUAAUCAUAAUAGUUUCAAUUUGUAUACAGUGUGUCGAUUUGUUUCUAUCAUGUUUUUCCAGCAGCUUUACAGAGUUUUACGAUGUUGAUGUUUUGUCCAAAUGUAAUACUUUAGGGCAGAAUGAUUUUUUAGAGUGUAUGGUUUAUUUGCAUUUUAGAUGUGCUUCAUAUUGAUCAUGUGACACUGAUUGUAUAAAAUUAAAUUGUAUAAAGUUGUUUGGCUUGUUAAUUUAUGCUAUGAUUAUAAAUUUGUAAAGUUUUGUAAAAUUUAUAACAUUUUAGUGCAAUGUUCCCUCUAAUUGUUUUUUUUUUUUUGCUGAGCAAAACUUUUUUCUAUUGCGUGGACAUUUUUACCACCUGAGCAAAAAUAUUCUUUAUACCUGACCUGUUCCUAUACCUGUACAGCAUACGUAGAAACACAAUGGUGUCAACAUUCAGUUGUAACUUUUAACUUGAAUAUGCCAUUUCUAUUUUAUUUGACUUAUAUUUGUGAAAAACAAGCAGUUAAUUAAGAAGUCACUAUAAAUGAAGCACAUUUUAGGUUAUCUGAUAUUUUGUUUCCAGCGCUGUUAACUGUACAGUCUUUACCAAGAAAUACUAUGAAAAAUAAUUAUUAAAAUCAAUGAAUUGUGUACAAGAAGCAUUAAACCAUCUAAGUUAAAUGAUUGUUUAUUGCUUAUGAAUUUCCAAUAUUUUCUUUAGCAGCAGGUUUCAAACAUUUUAAUGGCGAUGAGCCCUAAACAAUACCUUUGUGAGAUUCUUUAUUUAUGCUGAUAUUAUAAUAAAAUAUAGGACUAAUAUAAUAUAAAUUAAAAAGAACAAAUUGAAGAAUUUUUGACAUAUCAUAAAAAAGUGUUUGUUUGUU